AGUCGCCUCUCCAGGUGGAAAAUAUUUUCAAUUUUCUUUUGGCAGGUGCCGUUCAAGGAGGAACUCAUGAGCAUUUUGUCUGAUCCAUGAACUGAUUAGGGGAGGGGAAACGCUCCCUCUCCACUUACUCUUCCUUUCCCAGUUUUGAAAUCAUCCUUUCCCCACCAUCGCCACCCUCCCGCCCCUCCCCUCCCCUUCCCCUUCCCUUGCACUGAAUGAAUGGAAGAGUCUUCAGGGUUUUCUUCUGCUUCUCGCCCUGGACGGGUGAAGUGAGGGGGCAUCUCUCUACCCUCAUCCAUCUCUAUCUCGCUCCAUCCAUUCCUGAGAGGAUUUCAGACCGUGCAAUGUGUUUUCAGCCUCUUGCCGCUGCUACCACUUGAUACUACACUACGCGCAGGGAGAGGGCUUUGCAAAAAUGGAUUUGUUCGAUUUUAAAGGAUUUCCUCUCUAAUAAGGACCGCGUUGCACACAAAUAUGACUAAAUCCCCUAUUUGGUAAAUCUUUCUUCCCCCCACCCCUCCUCUUCGGGUUCCCUCCCGCCCGCCCCCACCCCUUCAGAGGAGCAAGCACAAGGAGCUGAUGACGGACCCAUUAAUCCCUUCUUCAAUGCAUCAAAAGAAGCCGAAGGGCUGGAAGUCGCUGGGCUCGGAGUCCUGCAGGAAAUGCUUCGAUCUGCUUUUGGUUUUGUAUGAAACUGGUGACUAGGGGCUCGGCUCGCCCCGCCGGCACCUGGAUGCGCGGGCCGCCGCCGCCUUGCCCGCCGCCGCGAUGCAACGCUUGUGGUGGUGCUGGUGAUCGCUCGGGUGUGAUGGGAUUGAGCCAGCGGUGAUUAUUUGAAGGCGGUGAGGGAGAGCGAGCGAGAGGAAGGGCUGCUCCGCUCUGCUGUGUGUGGGCUUGGGAAUAUUUUUUUUUUUUUUUUUUUUUUUUUCCUUCUUUUCCUACUUCCAUCCUCUCCCCGCCACUGGAAGUCCUCCCGUAUCUAAAUGGAAUUAGUGGAGACCGAAGCCCCUUGUGUAAGGAACAGACAUGACCCAUGGGCGCAGCUUCUUUCACAUUGUAGCAAGUCUAAUCAUUCUACAUUUGUCUGGGGGAACCAAAAAAGGAACAGAAAGGCAAAUUACUUCCGAAGGACAGAAACCAGUACAGUGUGGAACUUGGACAAAAUAUGCAGAAGGAGGCAUCUUCACUUCUCCCAAUUACCCCAACAAGUAUCCUCCUGACAGAGAGUGCGUCUACAUUAUAGAAGCUGCCCCUAGACAAUGCAUUGAACUGCACUUUGAUGAAAAAUAUUCCAUUGAGCCUUCUUGGGAGUGUAAAUUUGACCAUAUUGAAGUACGAGAUGGACCUUUUGGCUUUUCCCCAAUCAUUGGACGUUUCUGUGGACAGCAAAAUCCACCUAUGAUAAAAUCCAGUGGCAGAUUCCUAUGGAUUAAAUUUUUUGCUGAUGGUGAGCUGGAAUCUAUUGGAUUUUCUGCUCGGUAUAAUUUUACACCUGAUCCAGAUUUUAAGGACCUUGGUGUUUUGAAACCAUUGCCAGUUUGUGAGUUUGAGAUGGGAGGACCUGAAGGAAUUGUGGAAUCUGUGCAAAUUGCCAAAGAAGGAAAAGCUUCUGAAACUGAAGCAGUAGACUGUAAAUGGUACAUCCGAGCACCACCCAGAUCCAAGAUCUAUUUGCGAUUCUUGGACUAUGAGAUGCAGAAUUCCAACGAAUGCAAAAGGAAUUUUGUAGCUGUCUAUGAUGGAAGCAGCUCUGUGGAGGAUUUGAAAGCGAAAUUUUGCAGCACUGUUGCUAAUGAUGUAAUGCUGCGGACGGGUCUCGGUGUAAUCCGCAUGUGGGCAGAUGAAGGCAGUCGAAGCAGCCGAUUCCAGAUGCUCUUCACAUCUUUCCAAGAACCCCCUUGUGAAGCCAACGCAUUCUUUUGCCACAGUAAUAUGUGUAUUAAUAAUACAUUGGUCUGCAAUGGACUCCAGAAUUGUGUGUAUCCUUGGGAUGAAAACCACUGCAAAGAAAAAAGAAAAGCUAACAUAUUGGACCAACUUACCAACACGAGUGGGACUAUAAUUGGGGUGACUUCUUGCAUUGUGAUCAUCCUCAUUAUUAUCUCUGUUAUAGUACAGAUCAAGCAGCCUCGUAAAAAAUUUGUCCAAAGGAAAACAGACUUUGAUCAAACAGUGUUCCAGGAGGUGUUUGAGCCUCCUCAUUAUGAGUUAUGCACCCUCAGAGGGACAGGGCCUACAGCUGACCUUGCUGAUGUUGCAGAUGACUUUGAAAAUUAUCAUAAACUGCGGAGAUCAUCUUCAAAAUGCAUUCAUGACCAUCACUGUGGAUCACAAGUGUCUAGCAUUAAGGGCAGCCGUAGUAACCUCAGCACAAGAGAUGCUUCUGUCUUGACAGAAAUACAACCCCAGCCUGUAAAACCACUCAUUCAGCCCAUGAACAGGAGAAAUAUCCUUGUCAUGAAGCAUAGCUACUCACAAGAUGCUGCAGAUGUGUGUGAGAUAGACGAAAUUGAAGAGGUACCAACCACAAGUCACAGGCUGUCCAGACAUGAUAAAGCUGUUCAGCGGUUCUGCCUCAUUGGGUCUCUAAGCAAACAUGAGUCUGAGUACAACACAACUAGGGUCUAAGAGACAAACUUGAGAGAGAACUUAUUUUUACUUUGUUUUGCUUUCAGACAUCUAUUCAUGCAGUCAUGCAAACUCUGAAUGGAAAAAUCUAUAGUGAAUAAUUUCAGCUGUCUGAAAGAGUGGACGUGUUUCUAAUUUAAUUUCUUUGCCUUUAUCCAAACCUAAGAAGUACAGACAUAUCUUACUUCCUUAGCAACAUAUUCCCAUUGCACAAUAAUAUGUUUCUUUUAUAAUUUGGUUGCUAGCCACCAAGUGCUCCUUAGUUUUUAAAUACAUUUGGAAAUCUGAUGCAAACUUGAAGAAGAAAUUAGCUCCUAACUGAGACUGUCCCUUUAAAAAAAAAAAAAAAAAAUCAUCUUAGUUUUAUUUUAGUUGAUAUGUUUUAUGUCUGUUAUUUAAUUAUAUGUUGUGUGAUAUGUGGAAGAAGAUUUACAUUGAACUUUUGUCGUAUGUACAUUGUUUUCAUUAUAUAGACUGCUUGAGAAUAGUGCGCUCCUACGUGAUUUUGAACAUGCUACAAUGAAAUGUGAAACUAUCGUCCUUGGAAACACCAGCUAGAGGUUUUAUGGACUCUCUGACCAGCUAUUCUCAUAACAUGACAAAAUUCAGCAAACAGUGUUGAGUAAAAUUACUAGAAGGCAAUAAGACUUUGGUUAUUAUGCUUAUUGGUCAUUUCUCUUUUUCCUUUUCUCUAUUCUUUUUGUUGCAAGUUAAAUUCCCAAUUUCAGGAACAAUUUAUUGAAAUCAGGUAUUUAGCCAUUCAUAAUCACUUCAAUAGAAAUGUUUGUUGGAAAAGCAUCUAGCAAUAUGACUGAAUUUGACAUUGAGCAAAUAAUCUGCAUGUAUGUUACUGAAUAUUUGAUUUGGCAAAAAUUCCCUUAUUAGAUACAUUGUAAAAAGCAUGCAUUCACAAUUACUGCUGUUACUGUUCCAUUUCUGUGUCAUAUGCUUGCUACUUGUAACUUUUUAUAUAAAGAUACAUAAAGCAAUGUAUAAUAA